UUCCUGCCCUGAACUUGGGCACCUUGAUGAUGCCUCUGCCCCACCUACUCAACCUGUUGUUACUGUUUUGGUGCCUCCUCUUCACCAGACCAAGCUUAAUCCCCAACAUCCAGCAAGUGCCCGGCACAUGGUAAAGGGAUAGUGGCAGAAAUGGACGCAAGGUCAUGGCUAGGCUCCACGAGGUGGGAGGGCAGUCCCUGACAGUCACGGAUGUCUGGCGGGGCGCUCACUCCACCUCGCCGCCCCGCCUCUGAGGGCGUGGCCUUGCCCCGGACACCAGUCCUGGGGAGGGGGUGUGGUCAGGGCGGGGCGUGCCAGCCCCACCCCCGGAGGAGUCACGUAGCUCUGCGGCAUCCGCAGCCUCAUUUACCAGAGGGCGCCAGGGCUGCAGUCGCAUUUGUUUGCCGAUCAGAACCCGAGGUGUGCUUGUGGCUACGGCUGCUAACUGGCUGCGCACAGGGAGCUGUCACCAUGCCUCACUCGUACCCAGCCCUUUCUGCUGAGCAGAAGAAGGAAUUGUCUGACAUUGCCCUCCGGAUUGUAGCCCCGGGCAAAGGCAUUCUGGCUGCGGAUGAGUCUGUAGGCAGCAUGGCCAAGCGGCUGAGCCAAAUUGGGGUGGAGAACACAGAGGAGAACCGUCGGCUGUACCGCCAGGUCCUGUUCAGUGCUGAUGAUCGUGUGAAAAAGUGCAUUGGAGGUGUUAUUUUCUUUCAUGAGACCCUCUACCAGAAAGAUGAUAAUGGUGUUCCCUUCGUCCGAACCAUCCAAGAUAAGGGCAUCGUCGUGGGCAUCAAGGUUGACAAGGGUGUGGUGCCUCUAGCUGGGACUGAUGGAGAAACCACCACUCAAGGACUGGAUGGGCUCUCAGAACGCUGUGCCCAGUAUAAGAAGGAUGGUGCUGACUUUGCCAAGUGGCGCUGUGUGCUGAAAAUCAGUGAGCGCACGCCCUCUGCACUUGCCAUUCUGGAGAAUGCCAACGUGCUGGCCCGUUAUGCCAGUAUCUGCCAGCAGAAUGGCAUUGUGCCUAUUGUGGAACCUGAAAUAUUGCCUGAUGGAGACCAUGACCUCAAACGUUGUCAGUAUGUUACAGAGAAGGUCUUGGCUGCUGUGUACAAGGCCCUGAGUGACCAUCAUGUGUACCUGGAGGGGACCCUGCUCAAGCCCAACAUGGUGACCCCUGGCCAUGCCUGUCCUAUCAAGUAUACCCCAGAGGAGAUUGCCAUGGCAACUGUCACUGCCCUGCGUCGCACUGUGCCCCCAGCUGUCCCAGGUACUACCCAGCUCCCUAACCUGCUCCUAUCCCUAAGGCCCAUCUUCAGGUCCUUCUUGUGGCCUUCAGGGGUUCCCUAUCCUGGAAAAAUUGGGAGUGACCAGUCAGUUUGUCUUCUUUCCUCCACACUAGGAGUGACCUUCCUGUCUGGGGGUCAGAGCGAAGAGGAGGCAUCACUCAACCUCAAUGCCAUCAACCGCUGCCCCCUUCCCCGGCCCUGGGCGCUUACCUUCUCCUAUGGGCGUGCCCUGCAAGCCUCUGCACUCAAUGCCUGGCGAGGGCAACGGGACAAUGCUGGGGCUGCCACUGAGGAGUUCAUCAAGCGGGCUGAGGUAAAUGGGCUUGCAGCCCAGGGCAAGUAUGAAGGCAGUGGAGAAGAUGGUGGAGCAGCAGCACAGUCCCUCUACAUUGCCAACCAUGCCUACUGAGUAUCUACUCCAUACCACAGCCCUUGGCCCAGCCAUCUGCACCCACUUUUGCUUGUAGUCAUGGCCAGGGCCAAAUAGCUAUGCAGAGCAGAGAUGCCUUCACCUGGCACCAACCUGGCUUCCUUUCUCUUCUCCCUCCCCCUCUCUCAUUGCUGCACCUGGGACCAUAGGAUGGGAGGAUAGGGAGCCCCUCAUGACUGAGGGCAGAAGAAAUUGCUAGAAGUCAGAGCAGGAUGGCUGGGUCUCCCCCUACCUCUGCCAGCUCCCACAAAUUUCCCAUGAUGGGGUAGCUUCUCCUUGGGCUCUCCUUCUUGCUUGCCCUGUCUCCUGGGAUCAGAGAGUAGUACAGAAGCCCUGACUCAUGCCUUGAGUACAUACCAUACAGCAAAUAAAUGGUAGCAAAACAUGCUA